CGUCCUCCAUAUCGCCCUCCAACACCAAUUACCUCACUCUCACUCCCACUAUUACUGCUCCAUCUCUUUCCCAACACUUCGCUUCCCUCCCUCCCUCCCUCCCUCCUUUUAUGAUCUGCUCACUGAAAUCUAAAAUCCCCAGGCAGUACACAGACAGACUUACUAUUCCUAGAGAAACCUUUUCUUGCCUCCCUUCCCAAUUAAGCUCCAUAUCUAUACCUAGAUAGAUAGAUAGAGUCAUCAGAUCAGAUCAGAUCAGAUCAGGCAAAAGGAGAACCAAGCAAAGCAGCACAAGGGCGCUGUCCUAGCUAGCUAGCUGCACAGCACGGGUAGAUGAUGGUCGUGAUUAGAUAAUCGAUCAUGAUGGUGGUGAUGAAGAUGGAUAUUGAUGAUUGAUUUGUGCAGACGUGGAAGGCCAGGAGCCGGCCUGUAAUUGGAUGGAGCCACCUGGCGACGGAAUCACGGCCAACAUCAUCACUACUUGUACUGAUCAUCAUCUUCACUCCUCCUCUUCUUCGGGUCAUUGUAUUCGGGUCGGGCAGGGGGUCAUGACCCGCCUUGCUUCUGCUUCUGCUGACGAUCUCCUGCUCUUCCCCUCCUCCUCUUCGUCGUCGUGUUAUGGAGUGAAGACGAGGAAGAAGAGAAUGGCGAGGCAGAGAAGGCACAGCUCCACCAUUACCCAUCUCUUCUCUUCCUUCAACACCACUGCUGCUGCCUCCCACGUGCCGCCUCCUCCCCCUCCCCCCGCACGUGAAAUUGACCCAAGGAGCUUGAGGUUCUUGUUCCAGAAGAAGCUCAAGAACAGCGAUGUUAGCUCCCUCAGGAGAAUGGUCCUUCCCAAGAAAGCAGCAGAGGCACACCUCCCUGUGCUGGAGUCCAAGGAAGGCAUGUCCAUCACCAUGUAUGACUUGGAUGCCACCCAUGUCUGGACCUUCAAGUACAGGUAUUGGCCUAAUAACAACAGCAGAAUGUAUGUCUUGGAGAAGACAGGUGACUUUGUUAAUGCACAUGGACUGCAAUCAGGAGACUUCAUCACACUUUACCAAGACUGCCAAAACCAGCAGACCUAUGUCAUCCAAGCUAGAAAGGCUUCUGAGGAGGAGAGCAUAUUUGCAGACAUAAUGAACAGUGAUGUCAUGAGCGUGGUUCAGGACCUUGAUCAUCCCCACCACAUUGCUGGAAAGACCAACUCGCCCCUCUACUACGAUAGUAUUAGUAAUGCAAUGGAGAGCGCGGCUGCCAGCUUCUCCUUCAUCUACGACAGCACAACCACCUUCUCCAACGACUCCCCCUUGGAUUUUUUGGGUGGAUCGAUGACCAACUUCCCCACAACAGGGAACCACCUGGAGAGCUUUGGUUCCAUUGAGGCGCUUUCCCUUGAUGACUUCUAUUAGCCAGCCCAGCCCAGCCCAGCCAGGGGAAUAUGUUUGCCUCUGUCUGCAGUAUAUGACUAUCUUUGAUUUUGCUCAGCCCUCCCGCAAGAUAUAUAUCUAUUAUAGGUUGGUACUGUACUAAUUAUGAAUGUCUCUUUACCGACUGUGGCCUUCAUACAUUUACAGACUGAGACAUGUUGGUAUGCCGUAUGUAUUAAUUGUAAUAAAGUGGAACACUAGCUAACUAGCUUCCUAACAAAAUGUAGUUUGUGGG